AUCCUUUAGAUUUGACCCCAGGAGCAGGUUAGUGUUCCAAUCCAGAGGGAAAGGUAAGUCAGCAUUCCCUUCUCAACACGGCUCAUGUAUCAAAUAAUAAACAAUGCCUGAUCAGAUAUUGUUACAUUGUAACAACUUGUCUCUUUUUCCCCCCCUCCUCCAUGAUGACAUCACUGCAAUCUGAUUAAAUGGUGGAAGUGUGAUUGAUUCAGGCGUUAUGUCAACAGAUCAAUCUGCUGGGUCAGAUCGUAUCGUGAACAAAGGUUGUGAGCACAGUAGGUGCCAUAGUUUGGCUUUCACAUGAAAGCAGGUUGGUGUUCGUAUGAUAGGAGUUUUAAAAUGGCACACUGCCUUUUUUCCAGGCUGCAGAAGGAGGAGGAGGGGGGAGGAGGAGGAGGAUAGUGCAGACUGGAGGGACACUGCCCUCCCAUCCAAUCACAAUCCGCCUGUUUGCCAUUGCAAAGUUGUUAACCCCAGAGUCUUGUGGUUAUGCCUCUGCUUCUAUAAUCUUCUUUGGCUUUUUUUUUUUUUCUUCUUCUUCUUACAAAGCUUGAAGAUUGAGGAAGAAAACCCCUGUGUAAUCAGACAUCAUGGAACUAAGUAGGACUUCUCGCCUGCCUUGCCAUUUCGAGACGUUUGAAAAGCCAUCUGCUGCUUGGAAAUUGUUUGAUAGAACCCAGGUCAUCAUCAUCUUCUUAUAUUGUUUUAAUAAUUUCUCCCGAUGGCUUCUCGCCGCCUGGCAAAGAGGAACAUCAUCUCCAGCGAGCCAUUUCAGCACUGCAGGUAUAUGGAGAGAAGCGGGAUAACAUGGUUAUUCCAGUCCCAGAGGCAGAAAGUAACAUCGCUUACUAUGAAUCUGUGUACCCAGGGGAAUUUAAGAUGCCAAAGCAGCUCAUUCACCUACAGCCUUUUAGUUUGGAUGCAGAGCAGCCGGAUUAUGACAUUGAUUCUGAAGACGAGGUUUUUGUAAACAAGCUUAAGAAGAAGAUUGAGAUUUCUCCUCUUCAAUUUGAAGAGAUGAUUGACCGAUUAGAGAAAGGCAGUGGACAGCAGCCAGUUAAUCUCCAAGAGGCUAAACUGUUGCUGAAGGAAGAUGAUGACUUGAUCACAGAAGUUUACGACUAUUGGAUCAAAAAACGGAAAAACUGUCGUGGCUCCUCCCUUAUACCAGCAGUGAAACAGGAGAAGCGGGAUGGAUCAAGCACCAGUGACCCUUACGUCGCUUUCAGAAGACGUACGGAGAAGAUGCAGACAAGGAAAAAUCGAAAGAAUGAUGAAGCUUCGUAUGAGAAAAUGCUGAAGUUACGUCGUGACCUCAGCCGAGCGGUGACGAUACUAGAAAUGAUUAAACGACGGGAAAAAAGCAAGCGCGAAUUACUGCAUCUAACACUGGAAAUAAUUGAGAAGAGGUAUAACCUAGGUGACUAUAAUGGAGAGAUCGUGUCAGAGGUAAUGGCACAACGUCAGCCAUUGAAGCCCACCUAUGCCAUCCCCAUCAUCCCUAUUUCUAGUCCGUUUAAACAUCAGGAUACAAUAGAGAUUAAGAUUAACAAGCCAGAGAAAUCUGAUGUUGUACGACCGAAACGGAAAUAUGAGAAGAAGCCCAAAGUCUUACCCUUAUCUCCUGCUGCUCAGACAAGCCCUGCUGCACUGCCAGUGUUCAAUGCUAAAGAUCUGAAUCAGUAUGACUUUCCAAGCUCUGAUGAUGAGCCCCUCUCACAGGUCAUGUCUGGUUCAUCAGAAGCUGAGGAAGAGAAUGAUCCAGAUGGUCCCUUUUCUUUCCGUAGGAAAGCUGGCUGUCAAUAUUAUGCUCCACAUUUGGACCAAACUGGCAACUGGCCAUGGUGUAGUCCAGAGCAAGGAGGAUUAGGAGACAUUCGCUAUAGAUACUGCCUCACUACCCUCACUGUUCCGCGCAAGUGCAUUGGGUUUGCACGAAGACGGGUUGGGCGUGGAGGAAGGGUACUUAUUGACAGAGCGCAUUCUGACUACAACAGUGCUUUUCGUCAAUUGGAUGUUGAUAUGCUUUCCUCUCCAGAACACACUUCAAUCAACUUAUUUGCCAAUACCUCAGAAACGAAUACCUCGGAUAAAUGUUUCUCUAAAGACCUCAGCCAGAUAUUAGUCAAUAUAAAAUCAUGUAGGUGGCGCCAUUUUAGGCCUCGGACAACAUCCCUACAUGACAGUGACAUUGUUGACUUUUCCUGUAGAACGUUUCACAAGGGUAUAACACGAACAGGCACAGCACAACCUGGGACCCAGAAUUGCAGUACCUCGACAUCAAGUAAAAGUAGCAGUGGUUCAGCACACUUUGUAUUUACAGCCGAACAAUACCAGCAACAUCAACAACAACUGGCACUAAUGCAGAAACAGCAACUUGCUCAAAUCCAUCAACAGCAGGCAAAUAACUCAUCUGCCAACACAUCACAGGGUUUUGUUUCGAAGACAUUGGACUCUGCGAGCGCUCAGUUUGCAGUCACAGCAUUGGUAACAUCUGAACAACUGAUGGCCAUCAAAAUGAAGGAUGAUGUUGUCCUUGGAAUUGGAGUAAAUGGCAUUCUUCAAGCCUCAGGAGUAUACAAGGGCUUACACCUCAGUAGUAAUACGCCUGCAGCACUCGUACACACAAGUUCAUCAUCAACAUCAUCGACUGGUUCAGCCUUGCUACAGCCUUCCAAUAUAACACAGACUGCUACUUCCCACAGCACUCUGAGUCACCAAGUAACUGCUGCCAAUUCUGCAACAACUCAGGUUCUGAUUGGGAAUAACAUCCGAUUAACUGUACCCUCCUCCGUUGCCACUGUAAACUCUAUAAACACCCUCAAUGCACGCCAUUUACCCAGGACUUUAAGUGCUGUUCCCCCAUCUGCCUUAAAGCUCGCUGCAGCAGCAGCAGCGAACUGUCAGGUACCCAAGAUUCCAGCAGCAUCUUCUGUGGAUGGAGUACCGAGGGAAAACCAUGAAACAGAAAAGCCAGCAUUGAACAGUAUAGCAGACAACACAGUAGCUAUGGAAGUGACGUAGUUUUGGCAGGAAUGGGACUGCAGCCUUGGGAACUUGUUUAGGUGCUAUGCAUCAGUAGCAUUAUGAAUGCAAGGGAUGACGGGAAGCGGCACACUGCGUUUCCUCGGCAGCUGUGGGGACUCAACAGCAAUGCACAUCUCUCAUGCUUUGAUUUCUUUUCUCUUUUUUUGUACUGUUAAUAGGAAAGAAUAAACAUCUGUAAAUUAUGAA